CACCAGAUCCUGUGAUGCGAAAAAGUUAAUUCUACUACUACUACUACUACUACUACUACUACUACUACUACUACUACUACUAUUACUACAUCAUGAAGUGUUGGAGGAAACAGCGCCGUAGAUUGGCAGCAGCGGCAGAGACACGCCAGGCUUCAGUCCGGUCAGCGCUAGACAGACUGGAGGGCAGGCUGAGUGAAGGAGGAGAGCUAUUAACAGAAGAGAGGCUGUAUAUCUUGUCCCUGUCUCCUUCCGCCCUUCUGCAGUGCCUGAGGGAGGGACAGCUGGCACCCACACAGGUCCUCAGGGCGUAUCAAGCUAAGGCCAUUGUGGUGACCUACAGAGUGAACUGCAUCACUGAGUUCAUUCCACAGGCUGAGGCGUGGGCCACGGAGUUGGAGGGGCGCGGUGCGGAGGGGCGCGGGCUGCCGCUGUACGGGCUGCCUGUGAGCGUGAAGGACACGGUGGACGUGGAGGGGCUGGACUCCACGUUGGGCCUCGCCAAGAAUCUGAACGCGCCCGCCCGCACGCACGCCGCCAUCAUCCACGCCCUCAAGGCCCAAGGCGCCGUGCCCUUCUGCAAGACCAACGUGCCCCAGGCUGUGACCAGCAUCGGCUGCAGCAACCCUGUGUGGGGCGCCACGCUCAACCCCGUGGACACGCAGCGCGGCCCCGGGGGCUCCUCAGGGGGUGAGGGUGCCCUGGUGGGCGCGGGCGGCUCCCUGGUGGGCGUGGGCGUGGAUGUGGUGGGCGGCGUGCGCGUGCCGGCACACUUCUGCGGCGUGGUGGCGCUGCGGCCCACGGCAGGGCGUCUCAGCCUGUGCGGCGUGACGGGGCGCGGCGCCCCCCAGGCGGGAGUGCACCCCAGCGUGGGCGUGCUGGGGCGCGACGUGAGCGUGGUGGUGGCCGCGGUGCGCGCCGUGCUGGAGGCCGAGGCGGGCGACGACCCGCUGCCGCCGCCCGUGCCGUGGCGCCCGUACCUGGUGGAGGGCGGGAGGCCGCUGCGGGUGGGCUGGUGUGAGGACGACGAGGCGUUCCCGCCCACGCCAGGCUGCAGGCGCGCCGUGGCCGUGGCGCGCGAGGCGCUGGGGGCGGCGGGGCACACGCUGGUGGCCUUCACGCCCCCGGGGUCGCGGCGGGCGUGGGGCCUGGUGCUGGCCUGCCUUGCGGCGGACCAGGGCGUGGCUCUGCGCGCCAACCUGCGCGGUGAGGAGCGGGACGCGCUCAUCGGCCGCGCCCCGGAGCUGCUGGCCCUGCCGCGUCCCCUGCGCGCCCUGCUCAGGCUGCUGUUGCAGGACAGGGCGCCCAUGGCCGCCCACGCCAUGACGGGCCGGGCCGCCUCCUCGCGGGGCCUGUGGGCGGUGCUGGAGGAGCGGCGCCGCCUGGUGGCAGAAGUGGCUGCAGCGUGGCGCGCGGCGGGCCUGGACGCCCUUGUGUGUCCCGCCUUCCCAAUGCCCGCCCCGCCCCUCACUCACGCCCCGCGCCUGGCAGGGACGCAGGCCACCACGGGCGUGUACAGCCUGGUGAACUUCCCGGUUGGCGUGGUGCCGGUGACGCACGAGACCCAGGACGACCAGGAGAAGCUGGCAGACUACCCCGCCCACCACGCCGCCCUCAGGAACGUCAAGGAGGCCACGCUGGGAGCAGAGGGCCUGCCAAUAGGCGUGCAGGUGAUAGGCCUACCCUGGCAGGAGGAAACAGUGUGCAGGGUGAUGCUGGACCUGGAAACACAACUCAAGCGGCAGGGAUAGGGUGAGGAGUGACGGAAGGGCGGGAAGGGUGACGCAAGGAUGAGAAGGAUGAAAAGUGUGAGGAAAGGGUGACUAAGAGUGAAGAAGGAUGAGAAAGGUGACUGAAGGGUGAUUCUCAGGGUGACUCCUAAGGGCCAGGGAUGGAUGGUAAGGGUGACUAAGGGUGAGGAAAGGGUAACUGAGGGUGACUAAUAGUAAUGAGCUUAACUUAGGGUGAGAGAAAAGUAAUCUUGGGUGAAAGAAGGGUGACUAAAGGUGACAGGGGUGAGAGAAGGGUGACUAAGGGUAAGACAAGGGUGAAUGGUGACUUAGGGUGAGAAGGGUGACUAAGGGUAAUAUCAGGUAAACGAAGGGUGACUAAGGGUGAGAGAAUAAUGAAGGAACGUUGACUAAGAGUAAGACAAGGGUGAAGGGCGACAGGGUGAAAUAAGGGUGAGAAGGGUAACUUUUUAGGGUGACGUUUCCAAGGGUGAUGUUUCAAAGGAAGUUGCUUAAAUGAUUUUCUUAAGGCUAUUUUGUUUAGGGUGACCUCUUAAGGUGACAUGUUUAAGGGUGAUAAUAUUAGGGUGAAUUUUAAGGGUGAUAUAACUGAGGGUGACUUUUUAAGGGUGAUCUUGAAGGAGAUGUAAUGAAUGUUGUAUAAUUAGUGUGUUAUAAGUGUGACCUAUGCGUAAAGUAAGGUUUAUAGUAGAGAAAUAAGUGUAAUUUAAGUGUUUAAGGGUGAAGAAGAGUGUUGUAAGUGUUAAGUAAAUGUGAUCUAAGUGUUGCAUAGGUAGAAGAAGUGCAAAGGAAGUGUUUAAGUGUGGAUUUAAGUGUAGCGGAAGUGUAGAUGAAAUGUUGUAAGUGUAUUUGUGUGUUGUAGUUAAACGAUGAAUUAUAAGUGUUGUUUGAAUGUUGUAGCAAGUAAUUAAGUGUUGUAAGUGCAAAGUAACUGUGAUCAAGUGUUAUAAGUGUAGUUUAAAUGUUGUAAGUGUAGAUUAAGUGUUGUAAGUGCAAAAUAAGUGUUGUAAGUGUAAUAUGAAUGUUGUAGUAAGUAAUUUAAGUGUUUUAAGUGUAAUCCAAGUGUCGUAAGUGUUAUAUAAAUGUGUAAUUUUAGUGUUACAAGUACAAUUCAAAUGUUAUAAGUGUAAUCUAAGUGUUUUAAAUGUCUUAAGUGUAAUCUUAGUUUCAAGAGUAACUUAAGUGACAAAGGUGUAAUCUAAGUGUUAUAAGUGUAAUCUAAGUGUUAUAGUGAAUCAUUUAAGUGUCAUAAUUACCGUUCAAAUGUUAUAAGUGUAAUGUAAGUGUUACAGUGAAUCAUUUAAGUGUCAUAUUUAUCGUUCACAUGUUAUAAGUGUAAUGUAAGUGUUCUGGGUCGAGAAAAAAAGAAAUAGUCAGUAGAAGAAAGCCAAGGAAAAACAUUGUAGGUGAACAAGUAGAAGCAAUUAAGAAACACAGUUGAGUAGAAAACAGUGAAGUAGAUAAAUGAAAUGAAGCAAUAUGUAUGUAUCAAUAGAAACACAAACCAAACACUCACCACCAAACACUCAGCACCAAACACUCAGCACCGGACUCAGCACCACAGACUCAGCACCAAACACUCAGCACCGGACUCAGCACCAAACACUCAGCACCACAGACUCAGCACCACAGAAACAGAAUACCAGUAGAUAGAGGAUUAAAUAAAUGAAAAUAAAGCAAUACAUGUAAGCAAACUGAAACACGUACAAAAAAAUAAAUAAAUAAAAAGGAAAAGUAGAAUAGAUAAAUAAAUAAACAAAUGAAAAUUAAAUACAUAUAUAAACAAGUAAAAAAAACUGAAUAGAAUAGAUAAUUAGAUAGAUAAAUACAAGUUAAACAAUGUAGUACUGCCACCUUACUGAAUCUUACACCUCUUUAUAUUGUUAGGUGAGCAAAGGCACCAGCACUUCACAAAACACCGCUGUCUGUAUUUAUUGGGCAAGUUCCAGCCACUCUUUCAUUCCCUAGCUUACCAACAAACCCACGUCAGCUGUAAUCAGGUUAAAAAAUCACGUUUGCAUUGGUAAGGUAGCUUUGGGGAAGUGUGGCGCCAAUUUGUGUUUUCGUAAGCUGUCCAACCAAAACACUCGCUCCCCUUGUUGGUAAAUGCCCGAACAAAUAGAAGUGUUUUUGGUUCGGUAGUGUACGAAGACUGGAAAUGCUGGUGUUAUUAUCAUUGUUUUUGUUGGUUUUGCUGCUCAUUUGUUUAUCUUUCUGACUUUAUUAUUGAUUGUCUGUUUAUUUGUUUAUUUUUAGUACUGUAAGGCAGCCAGAUCCGUGCCUUCCGAAAAUAAUUAUGUAGGUAGUAGUGAUGGUUCAUGAUCAACAUCGUAAUCAUACUAAUAAUAAUAAUAAUAAUAAUAAUAAUAAUAAUAAUAAUAAUAAUAAUAAUAGUAAUAAUAAUAAAAAGCACUUUAAAUGUU